GAACAUGGCGAGCGUUGCAGAUAAGAAGGAAAUUCAGGUCCAGAAGCAGGAAAGUAAAGAAGAGGUCGUCUCUGUUGAGCUCCCUGCUCCAAAAGGAUGGAAGAAGAAGUUCACUCCAAAGAAAGGUGGGACACCAAGGAGGAAUGAAAUAGUUUUCAUAUCACCUACUGGUGAGGAGAUCAAGAACAGGAGACAGUUAGAGCAAUUUCUCAAAUCAAACCCUGAAGGCCCGUCUCUGUCUGAAUUUGACUGGGGCACUGGUGACACCCCAAGGCGUUCUGCAAGAAUUAGUGAAAAGACAAAGAUGACCGAGACCCCAGAAACUGAACCUCCAAAGAAGCGAGAGAGGAAAUCAAGCUCAAAGAAGGAAGCAGAAGAAAAGAAAGAUGGUGGUAGAGGUGAAGGUGAUGCUCCUCAAGAGGAAGAUGUUACCCCUCCAGCUGCAGAACAAAUUAAAGCAAAUAUAGAUGUAGUAAUGAAUGAGGCCGAGGAUGGAGAGGAAAAGAAUGAUGCAGCAGCUGCUACCAAUGAUGCUGUAAUUGUUGAUGAUACUUUCAAGCAGGAUUCUCAGCAGACCAGUGAGGGGAAAGCUGAGAAAACGAGUAUAGAGAAGCCUGAGAAUCCCGAGCAGUCAGAAAAUAAGGAAAAUAUUGAGCUACAACCAGCAGAAUCCAAAGCACUGCCCUCACCAUCUGUGCCCAAUGAGAAGGUAGAAUCUGAGGGAGAGGUGAAAGUUGCUGAGGUGGCCUCUGCAGAAGAAAUCAAAGCAACAGAGGCGUGUUCUGUCAAAGAAAUCAAGCUGGCAGAGGAGGCAUCUUAUGCCAAAGAAGUCAAGGUACCAGAAGAGGAGCCGAUCUCUGAGGAGACUAAAGCAGAAAAAGGUAUCCUUACAAAGGACACGAAGGAGGGAGAGGCUGGAGUAGGUGAUUGUCAACCCGAUAAUGGCAUCCAUAAGCAGAGCCAGGAUGAGAUGGAACCCAUGGAGACACACCCAAUAAACUGUGAGGAUGCACAACAUCAGCCUAAGGCAUCUUCUGUUAGCUGCUGAAGAUCCGUAUGUAUUUUCUCUUCUCAAUUUUGUGAUCUUCAUUUAGGAUCUAUAGCCAAUGACAAUUUAUUGCCAUUGUUAAAAGGGUUUCUUGUAGCACCUUACUGGCAUAGACCAUGUGUAUCUGUAUCAUUGUGCUGCUGUGAUCGCAUCAUUUAUCAGUGGCUUGUUCUGACAUCUUCUGUUCAACUUGUAAGCAACAUUCUUGACAUUCUGUACUUGGUAAUAAGUUAUAUU